GUAGUAGUGGUAGUGAUAGUCAAAACACGUCAUCACGCAUAUUGCCCAUUUUCCGGUCAAGUGUAGGCCAUCUAUCCGUAGCAGCAUCGGACAUAUGCAACCGUCUUUCAGUACAAUAAACGAUUAUUCAAUCGAAUAACUUUGCCAAAUCGAGAUCGUGCACCAAGGAGGAAGUUUGCUGCGCGUCCGGCUGAUUUCCCCUUGAAGAGUUCCUUGAAGUACUGGCGCACUUUCGUGCUAUGAUUAAGAUACCCACGAGUGCUACCAUGAAUGUUACCGUAAGAAUCCACCAGAGAUACUUACUAGCGUGCUCUGCAUUCAGCGAUCAAGAAAGUGUGAAGGAUAUUGGUUGGUAUCGUUGCACUACCAACGAUUGUGAACAUGAAUGGGACAAACAUCGGAUAGCGCAUGUUCAAAAUAUGAGAGAGACAAUUUCAGAUAACCCAAACUUUGAGGUCUACACCAACGGAACUUUAGUUAUUAAGAGGGUUCUACCAGUGGAUGAUGGAAAAGUGUUUAUCUGUAUUGCCAACAGAAAGUAUGUAGGGAAAAAACAAUCCAACACGAACCUCAGUGUUGCCAAAGAAGCGCCACAAUUACAACUAGAGAGUCCUAAAAGGCUUCACAUAAUUGAAGGAAUGGACCUUCAUUUGGAUGCUAGAGUCCAAGGCUAUCCUUUCCCCAGGGUUACUUGGAUUCAUGGUGAGAAUCUCCUCAAGAGUACACCGAAUGUCGAUUCGGAAACAAGUCUUAAAAUUCGCAACGUCACUGCAUCUGAAAGCGGAAAUUACACCUGUCUCGCCGAGAAUCUAUUUGGACGUGUUUUCUUCACCGUAAACGUUUACGUAAAAGGUCAGCCGGGCACGACGACCACAGAACCAGACAUCCAGCCUUCAUCUUCUCCAUCGCCAUCAGGGGGCUCAAGUUUCACUGGCUGGAAAAUUGCUGUAGUGACGGUCUGUGUUCUGUUGGUAGUCAUAGUAAUUCUCUACAUUGUCAAGAAAAAGUGUAGACCAAAAUUGCGGUUAAAAAGGUUCUUCCGGAGAUACAUAUCUAGUGAACAGUAGAGCUCUUAAUUGUUACGAAUCAUUUCGAUGCCAUUUUCUGAAUAUUUUAGGAAAGUGUGUAAAUACAUUCAUUUUCCUGUCUAUAUUUAUUAAUUUGAUCAUUAGCUUUUUUCUUUUAUUAUCCCUUUUCACUAAGAAGGGUACAAAUAAUGUGCGAGUCGAGCACAGACUUUACAGCUAGCUAGUUGUCAUUGGGCAUUGCUCAUUCAAGCUAUUAUUCUCUAAAUUAUAAAACUGUUCAAUUAAGGAUUAAUUUGGAUCCUUUGAACCUAUUCAAAUAAGUCGUUUAUCGUACAGUUUAAAAAAAAAAGUUUAAGAAUAGUAGCUAUGCUGACAUUUUGAGAUGAACUACCAGCUAUACAACCGAAUGGAAUUCAAUUCGGUCUGUAAUCAGACGAGCCGGAUUACUGAUUAAUCAAAAUUCGACAAAAGAAAACAAAACAGCGGUAAUAUGUACCAUUCAACCUAGAAUUUCUGUUAUCAUCAUCUUUUUCAUCAUCUUUAAUAGUAACAUCCUCGUGAGGUUUUUCAGAAACUAUAUACAAAAUUUUUACAAUUUAUAAAACAUAAAUAACGAUAAAACUUAUGGUCAGAAUUGAGAUAGUAUUCCACCAAGUUCUAGAGCUUAUAAAGGAAAUGUCUGCCUCAAUAGUGUGUCUUGUAGAGCGCGCUUGAAAGAUGCCAAUGAGGCGUUUUGCCUAAGUUCUUUAUGCAAGUUAUUCCAUAUGUUGGCGCCUCUAUAGGAAAAAGUGUGCUGGCCAGUAGCCGUUUUGUAUAGCGGAAUCUGCAAAGAGUUCCGCGUACGAGUGUUACGAGUAUGUAUAUUUGAUCGCUUGGUAAACUUACUCGUUAAGUAUUGAGGCGCAAGACCGUUCUGACAUUUAAAGGUCGGAACGGAGUCUCUAUAAAAUAAUUGUUCUUUACCAGGAAGCCAAGCUCACGAAGCAAAGGUGUUACAUGGUCGAACUUCCUAGAGUUUGUUACGAUCUUACUGGAAAAAUUUUGAAUAGAUUGUAAUCUGUUUAUAUUCUGGAGUGUGGUAUGUGACCAUACAGAUGAGCAAUAAAGCAUCUUACUAAAAACUAG